AGGCUGCCUGGAAUGGGAGGGAGCAGGAGGUAUCGCGAGAGUUGGCCCCAAGCUUUGUGGGAGCAGUAAUUAUGGCGAGCUUGGGGGUAGAGGCUGAGCAGGAGCCGCUCUUAGGCCACAGCAUACCCGGAAGCAGAGAAUGGGAUAUUAUAGAAACUGAGGAGCAUUAUAAGAGCCGAUGGAGAUCAAUUAGGAUUCUGUAUCUUACUAUGUUUCUUAGCAGUGUAGGAUUUUCUAUUGUGUUAAUGUCAAUAUGGCCAUAUCUCCAAAAGAUUGAUCAGACUGCCGAUGCAAGUUUUUUGGGCUGGGUUAUUGCUUCUUUUAGCCUUGGCCAAAUGGUAGCUUCACCUAUAUUUGGUUUGUGGUCUAACUAUCGACCAAGAAAAGAGCCUCUUACUGUUUCCAUUUUCAUUUCGGUGGCAGCCAACUGCCUCUAUGCAUAUGUCCAGGUUCCAGCUUCUCAUAAUAAAUACUACAUGUUGGUUGCUCGUGGAUUGGUGGGAUUUGGAGCAGGAAAUGUAGCUGUUAUUAGAUCAUAUAUUGCUGGUGCUACCUCUCUUCAGGAAAGAACAAGUUCCAUGGCAAACACAAGUGCAUGUCAAGCAUUAGGUUUUAUUCUAGGUCCAGUUUUUCAGACUUGUUUCGCACUCAUUGGAGAAAAGGGCGUGACAUGGGAUACCAUUAAGCUGCAGAUAAACAUGUACACAGCACCAGUUUUACUUGGCGCCUUCCUGGGAAUUUUAAAUAUUAUUCUGAUUCUUACUGUAUUAAGAGAACAUCGUGUGGAUGACUCAGGACGACAGUGUAAAAAUAUUAAUUUUGAAGAAGCAAGUACAGAUGAAGUUCAGGUCCCCCAAGGAAAUAUUGAUCAAGUUGCUGUUGUGGCCACCAAUGUUCUGUUUUUUGUGAUUCUGUUUAUCUUUGCCCUUUUUGAAACCAUUGUUACUCCAUUAACAAUGGAUAUGUAUGCCUGGACCAGAGAACAAGCUGUGUUAUAUGAUGGCAUAAUACUUGCUGCUCUUGGAGUUGAGGCAGUUAUUAUUUUCAUGGGGAUAAAAUUACUUUCCAAAAAGGUUGGCGAGCGUGCUAUUCUGCUGGGAGGACUCAUUGUUAUAUGGGUUGGCUUCUUUAUCUUGUUACCUUGGGGACAUCAGUUUCCCAAAAUACAGUGGGAAGAUUUACAUAAUAAUUCAAUCCCUAAUACCACAUUUGGAGAAAUAAUUAUUACUCUUUGGAAGAUUCCAAGAGAAGAUCACAAUGAAGGACCAACUGGUUGCCCAGUUGAACAAGCCUGGUGCCUCUACACCCCCAUGAUCCAUCUGGCCCAGUUCCUCACAUCAGCUGUGCUAAUUGGAAUAGGCUAUCCAUCCUGCAAUGUUAUGUCAUAUACAUUAUAUUCAAAAAUUCUGGGGCCAAAACCUCAGGUCUUUCAAAAGAUCCAGAACCAUUGGAUGUCUUUUCUUUAAAGAAGUGAAGAAUAUUAGCAUUGCUGUUUGUGGAUGAGUAUCUUUCUUCAUUUUCAUCUACUCCUGGUCUUUUGGAUUUUGAAAGCAUUUCUGCUGAGUAACAUCGUUCCAUUGGAUACGUUUUCGCUCGCGACUGACUAUUAGAGAUGCCAGAUCUAUCAGAGGAAUGGGCUCUACGAAGGUAUCGAGAAUGUGGCCUUUCUUCUGCCUCUUGGAUUGCUCUUCCCCUUCCACUAUUACUGGUUUCUUGUUCUUGAUUUCCCCACUGAGUAUAAAGGCUGCUUCCAUCUCCUGAAGAAGAAAAAUCACUUGAAUUUUUAUUCUUUGGAAAUAUAGUCAUUUUAUUUGGGAGUGGCUGGUCAAUCAAAAGUCUUCUUCUGUCAAAUAAACUACCACUCAUACUGGUACUGGAAGAAGCCGUAAUUGCAGUAGAAAUUGUGGCAUGUCCACUAUCAAUAGAGUCUUCUACAGUUCCUAAAUCUUUACUUUUUGUUGAAGAAUUUCGGGACAUAAAAGGAUGGUCUAAUACUGAAGACAGACUUAAACGAUCUGCUGGAUUUCUACGAAGUAACUGGUGAAUAAGGUCCUUGGCUUCUCUUGACAAAAAAGUUGGCAUUUCAUAAUCUGCCAAUACAACUUUAUUUAACGUGUUCUUGAUGGUGUCAGUGUCAAAAGGUGGUCUUCCAAUAAGUAACGUAUAAAACAUACAGCCCAAGGACCAAAUAUCAGAUUCAAGUCCAUGUGCACUUCGAGUUGCAAUUUCUGGGGAAAUGUAAUUAGGAGUUCCACAUAAAGUAUAGUGCUUUUCGUGUGGCAUUUUCAAUUGAGUGGCCAGCCCAAAAUCAGCGAUCUUGAUGUUCAUAUUAUGCGUAAGUAAGAGGUUAGAAAGUGUGAGGUCCCGGUGUAAUAUACCAUGAGAAUGGAGAUACAGCAUUCCUGUGAUGAUCUGGUGCAUGAAGUGUCGAGCUAUUAGAAUGCAAAAAUUAAAACUACAAUUUAGAAAAUCUGAAGAUUCAGUAUUUAGAAUACAUCAUGAAACCCAAGUACAUAUGCCAGUAUGACAAUUAGUAAACUGGUUUGUAGCUUACUUUUACCAGCCAAAAUACCACUCUGAUAAUUUCAUAAUAUUCUUUAAUAAUUCCUAUUAAGACAACUAGGCACUCCUUUUAAACUCUGUCCUUUCCAACUAAUCAGUUUUCUAAAUACAGUUAAGGGAGGCUUAAUUUUAAUAGGAACUGGGAGUGACCAGAGUUAACUAGGGUAACCAGAAGUCCAUUGAAAGAGAAAAUAUUUAUAAUUAAACAAUUCAUAAAUAAUUCAAAUUGUAAAAAAGAGAAAAAAAGAAAAGCAAGCUGUAUUUCCUUUGAUGUCCUCCCAAACCCUCCUAAAAAGUAGUCACUAUUAACAGUUUAUAUAUAUUCUUUUAAACUUUUCUUCCAUGUGCUUAUGUACACUUAAAUCUAUAGAAAUACACUGUAAUAAAUGUUUUUAAAAUAUAAAAAUGGUAUAAAAAUAUAGUUUAUUACUUUUUUUUUGCCACUUCACAAUAUUUCUUGGAGAUAUUUCUAUGUCAGUACACAUAGAUCUCCAUCUUGUUAAAUUGCUAUUGAUUAAUAUUUGGGUCAUUUCAAGAUUAUAAAAAAAUAUAGCAAUAAACAUUCUUGUACAUGCUUGUUUUCUUGUGCAUAUAAAUGGGGUGCUUCAUUAUGGUAAAUUCAAGAAGUAGAAUCACUGGGUUCAAAGAUAAAAUUUAGUAUUUUAAUACCUUGCCAAUCGCCCUUCAAAAGGCUGUUAUUUUCAAGCAUAUCCUUGUUGAAGUUAGGUAGUCUCAAUCCAAUGGGUAAAAAAAUGGUACUCGUUAUUUUAGUUGGCAUUCUUAUGAUUACUACUGAUUUUGAGCAUCUUUUCGUAUGUUUAUUGGUCAAUUAUACUUUCUCUUCUGUGAACAGUCUGCUUACAUCCCCUGUCCAUUUUCCUAUACAAUUAUCUUUUCUUUUAAGGCAUGCCUUAUAUUUUAAAAUUAAUUGGACAGCCAUUUGUUAUACAAAUAUUUUCUUCCUAUCUUUAACUUUUAAAUUUGUUGACAGUAUCCUUUGUCAUACACAUUCUUAAUUUUAAUUAGUCAAAUUGGUAAUUCAUUUCCUUCCUAUCUUUUGCAAGUUGUCUUAUUUAAGAAGGCCUUACUAUUAUGCAGUAUUAUGAAAAAUGCAGUACUCAUCAUCAAUAUGUAUAUGAAUUUAUUUUAUUAUGUAUUGUGUUAUUUUCAGUCUAAGGAUAUGAACAUUUCCUUAACUCUUAACACAUAUGACCAAAUUGUUUUCCAAAUGGGUUAAAUAUAGAUCAAAUGGACAAAAAGCCUAUCAGCAACCACCUUUCUUAGCUUUCAAUCUUAGCCUGCAAUGUCAGUUAGCAGGGUAAGAUAAUUUGAAAACAAUCAUUUGUGUGAUGAUAUACGGACCUUACUUGAUCCUGAUCUGAACCGUAAAAAAAGUUACUUAUAAGAAACUGGGGAAGCUGAAACUGACAAUGUGUUUGACAGUAAGGAAUUAUUAGGUGUGAUAGUGACUUUGUGCUUACGUUUUUUGUUUUUUUUUUAAAGUCUGCAUUGUUUAAAGAUAAAAAGAUGUCUAUGAUUUGCUUCAAUAUACUCUGAGGAAUUGGGGGAAUAAGAAGGGUACAGAUGAAACAAUGAGUUGAUAGUUUUGGAAGCUCAGUGGUAAGUUCAUAGGGGCUCAUUAUAUUACUGUCUCAACUUAAGUGUUUGACAUUUUCUAUAAUAAAUGGUUUCAACAGG